CUCGUAAAAAACAAUCGUGGGUAUAUAAAGGGACCGGUGAACCAUUUCCAAUCAUCAGUUCUACCCUUUGAACAGUCCAGUCCACUCUUCACUCAGCAAACAUGAAGUUCAUCGUUUUGACCACUUUGAUCGCCGUCGCUCUCGCUGCUGAACUUCCCGCUUAUCCUCAGCCUUCGUACCCGGCCCCAGCUGCUGCUGGUUACGCCAAAGCCGAAGAAUACCCGCCCAUGCCUUACAGCUUCGAUUGGGCUGUGAAAGAUGAGGAGAGCAAGAACGACUACGGCCACAAGGAGAGCAGCGAUGGCAAAGUCGUGACCGGAUCUUACCGCGUCGCUCUUCCCGACGGCCGCACUCAAAUUGUCACCUACAAGGCCGACGAGAACGGUUACGUCGCUGAUGUGAAGUACGAAGGCGAAGCCAAGUAUCCAGCACCCGAAUACAAACCGGCCGACAAACCUUCUUAUUAAAACCUGUACCUACGUUCAUACGAAAACAUUUGUUGUAAUAUAUUCAAAAAAUACAUUGGCGAAUUUUCAGAAAAAAACAUAA